GAAGAAGAAGAAGAUCAGUACAUUGGCGCAUGUGCAGUCUAGUGUUGUUAAAUAUAUUUGGUGUAAUGGCAUAACGUUCGUCCAUGAGGAAGUUGAAAAAAGAAUAGUCGGUUUUGAAGAUAUUCACUAUUAAUGUUAAGUUACGUUAUCUGGCUAAUGAUCUUGUGAAAUUACAUUACGUUGCGCCAUGUCAAGAUACGACCGGGGUGGUGAGACUAAGGUCUAUGUGGGUAACCUGGGCACGGGUGCAGGGAAAGGAGAGCUAGAGCGAGCGUUUGGAUAUUAUGGACCAUUGAGAACGGUGUGGAUUGCCAGGAACCCCCCAGGGUUUGCCUUCGUGGAGUUUGAAGACACCCGGGAUGCCGAAGAUGCUGUCCGCAGCCUGGAUGGCAAGGUACUCUGUGGAUCUAGAGUGCGUGUGGAGCUGUCCACUGGGAUGCCCCGCCGGUCGCGCUAUGAUCGGCCACCCACCCGCCGGGCCUUUGACCCUGCUGACCGUUGCUAUGAGUGUGGUGAGAAGGGGCACUAUGCCUAUGAUUGUCAACGUCACGGCCGUCGGCGUCGAAGCAGGUCCCGAUCUCGCUCGCACUCACGCUCUCGUGGAAGGAGAUACUCCGGAGGUUCCAACUCAAGAAGCCGCAGUCGAAGUGGAAGGUCCAGGUCUUUCUCCCAACGCAACGCUUCCCCCAGGCGCUCCAGGUAUCCUUCACCUAAAAGGUCCAGGUCUAGAGCAGGAUCCCGGCCCAGGUCUAGAGGAGGAUCCCGGCCCAGGUCUAGAGGAGGAUCCCGGCCCAGGUCUAGAGCAGGAUCCCGGCCCAGGUCUAGAGCAGGAUCCCGACCGAGGUCUAGAGGAGGAUCCCGACCCAGGUCUAGGGCAGGAUCCCGAUCAAGGUCCAGCUCUCAUUCCAGAAGCAGCCGCUCUCGUUCCAGGAGUGCAGGUGGGAAGGACAGUCCCAAGAGAGCUGACUAGAAGAUGUGGGCUAUUUAGUGUUGCAGUUUGAAGUAUGCCCCUGAAGAAAAUCAUCUGAUUAGAAUAGGCUAGUUGAAUACACAGAUUUAGCAGCACAAUGCCACUGCUGUGUGUAAUCUUUAAGGUAGGAUUACCUUAGAUUUAGAUAAGUACCCCUUGUGUGCUUCAUUUUUAUUUAGGAUUAUGCAAGUUUUGUUCAUCAAACUGCUUUUUCUGUGAUCAGUUUUGUCAGCCAUGUAGUAGUUUUCAAUUUGUGUGUGGUUUGUAGAGAAACUUACAAGCGCACUUUUUUUUUUUUUUGUGUUUUCAUAUACACACAAUAAAAUUGAGAUACCAA